ACGAUGGCCGACGGCGGUGUCUCUGUCGAGGCACCCAGCCCGCGGGGCUCCCCCGGGCGGGCGCCGCGGAUCUCGCGCGCGGUCGGGCCGGGCGGCGGCGGCGGCGGCGCGGAGACCCCGCGGGCGGCGGCGUUGGCGCUGCGCUUCGACAAGCCCAUCAAGCAGGCCUUCUACAACACGGGGGCCGUGCUGUUCGUGUGCCUGUGUUGCGGCGCCGCCGUGCUCGUCUACUUCAUCCUGGAGGCCUUCCUGCGGCCGCUGCUGUGGGCCGUGCUGUGCGGCACCUUCCUGCACCCCUUCAAGAGUUCGCUGACGCGCCUGGGCCGCCACUGGCUGCAGCGCCUGCACCGCGCCCACACGCCCAUCGUGCUGGCCGCGCUGCUGCUGCCGCUCUGCUUCGCCGACUACGGCGUCGAGGCCCUGGGCGAGCAGGCUCUGCGCCGCCGUCGCCUGCUGCUGCUGCUGGGCGCCGGCGGCCCGCUGCUCUACGGCCUCUACUGCCUCGGCAGCUACCUGGGUGUGCAGGUGCUGCUGGCGCAUGCGGGCCUGCUCAUCUUCCGCGGGCUGGACUACUUCAGCAGCCUGUGGAUCUGGACGUUGGUAGUUGGCUAUGUGUUGACUGUUUCAUUCAAGUGGAAUGCAAGCACUGAACGCUACUUGAGAGCAGUUUCAAUUCCUGUCUGGACUAUAUUGCUUUUUCAUUUAGCAUCCCUGGCUGGCUCAUGGAGAAUUCCAGUAUUCCUGGUUAUUGUUUUCCUGAUGUCUGUGGGCACUCUCUAUGAAAAACAGAAUGGAAAAGAGUCUUCUGGGGCAGAGUUACCAGGGCAAGUUAUCUCCAUGGCAGCUUCUACUCUAGCAAACUUGGCCAUCUCUAUCACAGGUUAUGAAUCAAGCAGUGAAGAUCAGUCCUCAACUCAGCCUGCAGAAACCCCGGAUGGUGGAGAGCCCCCUCCAGCACUGUCCCCCCCUUCGUCACUCUCCCCCGCUUCCUCCACUCUGGGCAGACAAAGGCCUGAAAUUGGAACGUUUCUUAGAAAGAAGAAAACUAGUGAUAUCUACUUUGUAUCUCUAGUUUGGGCCAUCAUUUUCGUCCAGAUCUGGUUGAACCUGUGGAUUGUGCAGUUGCUGCCAGUGCCUGUUGCAGUCUGGGUAAUCAAAAAGCUUGUUAUUCACUUUGGAGUCGUGGACUUCCUGGAGAAACGCUGCCAUGUGUGGUGGAGGGUUAUUGAGAGCUUCUUGAAGGAGCGGCGGGAAGCUUUAGCACCAUGGCCAAUUGUCGGGCUUGGAAAAUGCUUGUUAAAAGUUGAUAGCAAGCUCUGGCACUGGCUAAAUAAGAAGAUGAUCAUCUGGUUGGAGAAGAUGUUAGAUAAAAUAAUUAGCAUUUUCAUCAUAUUUUUGUUAGUGAUAGGAACCCUUCUUUUAGCCCUACUCCUGACUGCAAAGGUACAUCAAGAGAGUGUACACAUGAUUGAAGUCACGAGUAAUUUGAUUAACGAAACUCUAGCAAAUCACCCCGAGUGGGCAAAUUGGCUUCCUGAGGCUCAGGUGGUCCAAAGAGCCCUGAAUUCUGCAGCUAACAAUGUAUAUCAGUAUGGACGAGAAUGGAUAACUCACAAGCUUCAUAAAAUUCUAGGAGAUAAGGUGAACAAUACUGCUGUAAUUGAAAAGCAAGUUCUAGAACUUUGGGACAGACUGUAUCACUCUUGGUUUAUAAAGAACGUAACACAUUCUGGAAGGCACAAAGGACACAAGAUGCACGUAAGUCGUCAGAACAGCUGGCUGGGAGAUAUUCUGGACUGGCAGGAUAUUGCUUCCUUUGUCCAUGAGAACAUCGAGACAUUUCUUUCGAUCUUAGAGUCUCUGUGGAUUGUUAUGAGCCGGAACGUGAGCCUGCUUUUUACCACUGUCACCACGCUCCUGACCAUCCUCUUCUACAGCGGGACUGCCCUUCUCAAUUUCGUACUCUCUCUGAUAAUAUUCCUGACCACACUAUUUUAUCUAUUAAGUUCCAGUGAUGAGUACUACAAGCCGGUGAAGUGGGUGAUAAGCCUGACACCACUCUCUCAGCCAGGUCCUUCUUCUAAUAUUAUUGGCCAGUCUGUGGAGGAAGCUAUCAGAGGGGUGUUCGAUGCUUCCCUCAAAAUGGCCGGUUUCUACGGAUUGUACACCUGGUUGACCCAUACGAUAUUUGGCAUCAAUAUUGUCUUCAUACCAUCAGCUUUAGCAGCAAUCCUUGGAGCAGUGCCAUUUCUGGGGACGUACUGGGCAGCAGUCCCUGCUGUUCUAGACCUGUGGCUGACACAGGGUUUGGGGUGUAAGGCCAUUUUACUGUUGGUUUUUCAUCUCUUGCCAACAUACUUCGUAGAUACUGCAAUCUAUUCUGAUAUAUCAGGAGGUGGCCAUCCUUACCUGACAGGCUUGGCGGUAGCUGGCGGGGCAUACUACUUAGGCUUGGAGGGAGCAAUCAUUGGGCCCAUACUUCUCUGCAUACUUGUGGUUGCUUCUAAUAUCUAUAGUGCCAUGCUAGUGAGCCCCACAAAUUCAGUGCCCACGCCAAACCAGACCCCAUGGCCUGCUCAGACUCAGCGGAUUUUCCAUGACAUCUCUGAAGAUCUGAAAUCUUCAAUAGACUGACAUGGUUUCCACUGUAAUGAUUUAUUUAGGAAUUUCAACCUUGACAUGAGUUCAGCUCAGCUGUGGCCUUCUGUCCUUUCAGUCGUGCCUAGCAAACAGAGCCCAGGAAAGAAGCAGAAGCCUCCUGGCCUUACAUACAGAAUGCCUGGACAAGAGAGAACUUGCUGUGGGCUGCUUUGCAUUUUAAAACACAGCUUGGGAGUUCAGAAAUGUGGUUGCUGAUUUAACUGUUGCUAAGAUGGCUUGAAAAGUUUUAGUUUAUACACUGGUACCACGGCUUGAAAUUUUCCCACUUUGGUUAUCUAUAUUAUUAUUAUAUAUAUUUAUAAAGUUAUUUUAAGAACUUUAAAGUACCUGUUCAAAGUACAUGCAGUGUAAUUUUCUCCUGCUUUAAGAAAUCUAUUCUUAAAUUUGUCUGUGACAGUCACUUUUCAACGAGGAGGGCUUUCACUUUGAGUAUGUAAUUGCGUGAGCAGGAAAAAUGAGUCCUCUAUACUUCUUGCACAAUGUAUCAUCCCCUCUUUAAGAAGAACAAAUCUUAAGUGUAAGGAUGGGAUAGAUUAUUUGAUGUUCAAUUUUAUGUUGCAACCAUAGGAGAUGCAGAAAGACUGAAGCUCUUCCUCCCCUUCCUUCGCCAUCCCCCAUUACACUCUUGCCAAAAUUCUAAAAUUGGCUGACCACACUGAAAUAAAAUACUUAUUAAGCUGCUAUGAAUGGUAACAAUAUGAUAGAAUUCAUGCUAACCAUUUUUUUUUCUCUAAAUGUUUUAAGUGAAAAAUCUCAGGUGUAGCAGUAUUCUGAUUUGUUAAAUGAAUCCCUGUUUCAUUAUUUGGAACUCUGCCAAUUAGUUACUUAAAUACAGUCGAAUUUUAUAUUUAUGUAGUGUUUUUCCAUCACUUAGCACAGUGCCUUGCACAUACCACUCUAGAUGAAUGCUUAUUGAACGGAAUUGUAACUUUUAAAAUAUCUCAGAUAUCACCAUAACCAGCAUAGUGCUUUGCAUUUUACAAAGUCAUUUUGCACAUAUUAUUUCACAGACAUUUCACAUCACCUGUCAUUUAGCUUUAUAUUAUUUUAUAAAAGUUUCGCACUGAUGGGGAAACUAAGGUUCAGAAAAGUGACCAACUCAAAGUCAUAAAGUUUAGUUACUAAGAUUUGGCCUCAGAUCUUUCUGACUCCAUAGCCUGAAAAUUCUGCUAUGCUAUAGAGCAUUUCUUCUAAUAUCUUAUGCGGUUAUCCCAGUGCUAUGAGACAGAAUGGGUGCUAUCUAUUUGUUAUGAAUGAAGACUUAUCCUACAGUUAAUGAUGGUGCUGGGACUAGAACCCAGCUCUUAGCUUUGCACCCUUGUUUAAAAGAAUUGUCAGGCCCUUCCUCUGCUCCCAAGGGAAUAUGGAGGAGAAGGGGCUCAAAAGUGUUGAAGAUUUCCUUUUUGGAAAACAUUUAAAAGUGGAAAUAAUUUUUUCUAAAACAUCUUCUUACAGAGAAGUUAAUGUAAUUAACUUAAGAAUGAUAAUUAGCUUUAACUUUAUUCUUGUACUUCAAAAGAAUAACCCCAUCUAGAAAAGACUACCAUGAGGUCUUUUGACUGUUUUUAUGCAGUAGACUGCAUGUAAUCUCUUAUUUUUAUUAUGAGGCCUUCAACAAUUAUCUGCUAUUCUACCAUGUGUCAGAUUUGGCCACUAAGUAACUCAUUCUCUUCUUUAGUCAUUCAUUCAUUCAUUCAUUCAUUCAGUAAAACAUGAGAGUUUGCUAAACUGUGGGCUCCAUGCCAGGGACUGUACAGGGUGCUGUAGGAGAUAACUCAUAAAAAGGCCUCUGUCUGCCUUAAAUCUUAGCCAGAUCAUGUGUAAGACUAAAUUUAACAUUUUUGCAUUAAAAGGGUUAAAAAAAAAAGCUGGUUGGUUGGCUCUGUUGGUUAGAGUGUGGUGCUGAUAACACCAAGGUCCUAGGUUUGAUCCCUGUACUGGCCAGUAAAAACAACAACAAAAAAAACCCCCAAACAAAACAGGGUUAUAACGGAAAUCAGGUUUGCUUUUUAAAAUUAUAUACUGGUAAGUUUAUAGCCAUAAUUAGCAAAUAUUCAUGAGAAGCAGAUAUUAUACACAAUGAGUUAGUGUGCAUAUACAAAGCAUGUUCCUCCAAAGUGCUUUUAGCUAUAUAAAGUGGUACUGCAAAAAACUAAACUUGAGCUAAUGUAUGGCUGUUGCUGGGAUAAUUAUUAGGAUGAAAAUCAGGUUUAGAGCUGCCAAAAUUAGCAGCAGUGAUGUUAUAUCACCCUGAAAUAUCUGGAGCAGAGGUGCUCCAGAGUGCUACACAGUCCUGAUCAGGAAACUUCAACUGACCCAUUGCUACAGCUACAGCAUAAGGACUGGGAAGGCCUACAGCUACGGAGGGAGGUCUUCGUGGAACCCACAGAAUGAGAGAGAAGCAUCCCAGCCUGCACCCUCAGCUACAGCGAGGAGGUUUUACAGAAUGUUCACAGGGUAGAGAGAUCAAGUGGUAUGAAAAGGUAGGAGUCCAAAUAUCAAGUCUCACAGAUAAACUGCCCUUAAAGUCUCAGUCAGAAUUUGACCCAGAAAGAGGAAACUUCCUUAGGAAUAGACAAUGCAUUGAUGAAGUAGCUUUAGUAAAAAUCGACUAUAGAAAUCUAUCACAAUAUCAUGCAUUUUUAUAGGUUUAUUAAAGAUUUGUUUGUGACUGAUCUGAACUGUUGACCUUGGUGUUACAAUACUGCACUCUAACCAACUGAGCUAACCAUCCAGCCUGAAAAAUUAGUUUCAAGUUCACAUUCACUAAUUUAAUGGGGUGGGGGGAGGAGGUAAAAGCUCUCUACACAGACAUGCUUCUCUCUUUUCUGAGGGGAAGCAACGCACGGGAUUUUCAGCAUAAAUUCCAUGUUAUGCAAGUCCUGCUUAAGUUCCAAAAUUCCUGUUACUCUAUUCUGGGAAGUGAUUUCUGUAAGACUGCCUUAGAUGCCAGUCUUAGUUAUUGUUAAAAUUGCAAGGAUUCCUAUCACUCCCUUCCAUGAGAGGGGGUUAGCUGGCAGAGUUUUCCCUCAGUUUCUGAGACUGUUGUGGCUUGACCCUUGACAGUGGGAAAAUACCUAAGGUUUGUUACAUGGAGACCCUGUAUUUAAACAAACUCUGGUAGCCUUUGGAAAUGGCGGCUGCUUAUUUUAGCUCAAGGGCUGUUAAACCUUGCCAAUGAGGUCUUCUGGUGAAACCUGGUCUUAACACAAACCCAUUGUGACCUAUCAGGACUUCUUAGUACCUCUAGUUCCCACUUUGGUUAUGUUAGUGCAUCAGGAAUGUGUCACUAGUGGGCCUGAGAAAUACUCAGAAAUUCAGACCAUGAGGGGUUAGAUUAAAGCAAAAUAAUUUAGGUGAGCUUCCCAGAGCUUUCAACCUCAGGGUUUAUAGGAAAAACCCCUCAGGACUUCCCAUGGUCCUGACCUUGCAGUCCUCUCUGAUGGGUCUCCCAAAAGCUUUAUAAGAGUAUUACAGUAGGACUUUGAGGGUGCAUUUCAUAGUGGAAAUAGCCUCUGGCAACAUACUUCCAAAUUCUAGUUUUGGCUAAGAACAAGUACUUUUAAUUUUAUAAGUUUCUUGUCUUUACACAUUUAGCCAUCAAAAUAUAUCCAUUUCAUUAAUUUAUUAUAGAGAACCUGCAAAAAAACCCACGUGAUAUCUGAAGCCACUGAGCAAUUGCUUUUUGAUAGUUUAAAAAGAAUUGUGAACCAAGAUGUUCUAUCUACCAGGGUCAUAGAAAUUCUGUGCUAGAAUGGGCCCUAGAUAAUUAGGUGAUCCUUCCAUUUGCAAGAAAAGGAAACAAAUUUGUUGGUUAAAGUGGCUUGUGAAAACACAUACAAAUACAACCAGUUAGUAACAGAAUUCAGAGUAGAAUACAGCUUUUUCUCUCAGUCCAUUGUUCUGUUUCUCUUCCCUUUUCCCCAUAGUCGAGAAGCUUUUGGCAAAAUGUGUUCCUUAUAGCAGUAGUUCCAAGAGAUGUUAAUAGAUGGUGUAAGAGAAAAAAAAGUGUGUGGGGGGAAGGGAGGGGAUUUCAUGGUCAAUUAAAAUUGGGGGAUGCUGAGUUUGUUUCCUUUCUGUAGGACUUCCAAGAGUUUUUAACAUGCUGUUAUAAAUUGUGAACUUGUAAGAGGGGACAAAGACUGUUUGACCUUGGAUUGUGUCCCCUCUUUAUUUUCUCAGUAUCUCAAAGGACCCAUAGUCCUUUGGGAAACAUGGCACUUGAUCAGAUUUACAGCUCUUUUAGAAUGCAUCCCUAAUGGAAAUACCUAAUGGUAAAUCUAUUACUUGGGUACCAUGUAAUCCAUAAUAAGGUUUAAAGUUUAGGGAGAUAUUAGAAAGACCAUAUUUGCUGAUCAAAAGCUAUGCUUAAAGUAUAGCGAUCCUUUUCCACCUGUGGUGUGUAAAAUCAGUAUUUAAUUUUGCAAGUUUUUCAAGGAUCAGUUAACAUGCAAAUACAGUGGUGAUAUAAUGAUAUUACGUUUUAAUGAUGCUUUUGUAUGGCACUUUAUAGCUUCAACCCUGUGAGAUAGGCAGUGUUAUACGUGUUGUACAGAUGAGGUCCUGAAAGGUUCUUUGUGAUUUUCCCCCAAGUUUAUACCACAGAAUGAUGGAGCCAGAAUUCAGUUGCAGAACUUCUGACUCCAAGUCCAGAGUUCUUUACUCUGCAUCUGGUUUCUCAUUUUUCUUCUAGCUUAAUAUUUUACCUUGAAAAAGAUGGAAGCAAACCUUAAAGUAACAUCAUUUCAGCUUAUUAUCAAAUACUGUUUCUUUUUCAUUACAGUGACCCAGAAGUGUUACUCUCAUUGUAGCUAUUCCAAAGAAAACCCUUCUUUGUCCUUUGCAGUGCCACUUAUUUAGGUGACUGGAAUCUAUUUCAGAUACCGUUUGAUUUUGAAACCAAGAUUGGAUAUAAUAUUGGAAUUGCUUAAUGUAACUCUUUGAAAAUGUAUCAUCGGUGCAUUCUCAGGAAAAUGAGAGGUUUGAAAGUAAAGAAUAUUCAAAUACAACAAUAAAUAUUCUUUAUUCUCACACAAAUGCUGUUUCUUAGCUUUAAAUUGCUUUGACAACCUCCUAAUGUA